AGAAUUGUCGCUAUGAAUAAAACACAAGAUGAUGAACUUACAGCUAAAGAGUUGUCAGAAGAAGAAAUCAGACAGAUAGCUGAGGACGAUUUCUAUGAAAAAUUGGCCACGUCCAUUGCACCUGAAAUCUAUGGACAUGAGGACAUCAAAAAAGCUUUGCUGCUCUUGCUGGUUGGUGGAGUUGACAGGUCACCCAAAGGAAUGAAGAUCAGAGGCAACAUCAAUAUCUGUUUGAUGGGAGAUCCUGGUGUAGCCAAGAGUCAGUUGUUGUCUUAUCUUGACAGACUGGCUGCUCGAAGUCAGUACACAACUGGGCGUGGAUCAUCAGGUGUGGGCUUGACUGCAGCCGUGAUGAGAGAUGACAUCACCGGUGAAAUGACCCUAGAGGGAGGAUCAUUGGUUCUUGCUGACCAAGGAGUGUGCUGUAUUGACGAGUUUGACAAAAUGAUGGAUGGUGAUAGAACGGCUAUCCAUGAAGUAAUGGAACAGCAAACGAUAUCCAUAGCGAAGGCUGGUAUUAUGACAUCACUUAAUGCUCGUGUAUCGAUCUUAGCCGCUGCUAAUCCUGCGUAUGGAAGAUAUAAUCCAAAAAAAUCCAUAGAACAUAAUAUUCAGUUACCGGCUGCCUUGCUGUCCAGGUUUGAUUUGCUCUGGUUGAUCCAAGACAAACCGGACAGAGACAAUGACUUGAGGUUAGCCCAACACAUCACCUUCGUGCAUCAGCAUUCGGUACAGCCACCAUCACAAUUUAAACCUUUAGAUAUGAAUUUAAUGCGUCGUUACAUUGCUCUUUGCAAGACAAAAAUCCCCAUCGUGCCUGAAACACUAACCGACUACAUUACAGGAGCAUACGUUGAGAUGAGGAAAGAAGCCAGAAAUAGUAAAGACACCACAUUCACGUCUCCUCGUACACUGUUAGCUAUCCUGCGAUUAGCAACUGCUCUGGCACGUCUUCGUCUGGUGGACGUUGUUGAGAAAGAAGAUGUCAAUGAAGCUAUGAGAUUAAUGGAGAUGUCUAAAGACUCACUAACUGGAAGUCAGGAAACUACUAAACGAACACAAAGAGCAGAAGAUGUUAUAUUUGGAAUUGUCAGAGACAUAAUUAGGGACAAGAAUGUCAGAAGCAUCAAGUAUGAGGAUGCGCGUCAAAGUUCCCUCGCUAAAGGUUUCACACCAGAUCAAUUUGAGGAGGCAAUCGAGGCGUAUGAGGAGUUGAACGUGUGGCAAGUAAACGCUGCCAAGACGAGAAUUACUCUGGUCCAAGUGGACUGAAAAUCUGCUGUUGAAUGAAUAUGUUCACUGUGAAGGUCUAGCACCAGCCUGAUUGGUUAAUCUAGUGUCACAUAAUAUAUUGUCAUAGCAAAUUGGCUGACAUUAAUAUAGGAGUAAUGAUUGUACAAAUCAAUGAGUUUUUAAAUAAAAUAUUGUAAUUAAAAGAUACCAUAUAUAAACUCCUUUUAAACUGCCAAUCCACUUGAAUAUUGCAAUUGAAUUUCUGAAAUAUUUUUUUGGCUUACCAACUGCCGUAAAAUUGCUGCCCAGUUUAAAAAUCUUCAAAUGUUUAUUUUCAAACAAUACCACUGCAUAGAUGCAUCUUGGACAUUAGAGGGGGUAUUAAUGUUUAUGUGUAAAUGUGAUUAUUAAUUUGAAUUCAGCUGGUAAUGAGAUGUUGAUUAUAAUCUUGUAGUAAAUGUGCCUUUUGAGGCAAUGUAAGAGAAAUAAUCACUUUGAAAUCUAAAAUACUAUCUUGUGUUGCCUUUAUGAUUUUAGUUAAUAAAAUACUUGCAACAUC